ACAACCGCCGGCGAGCGGAAAACGAACGUUUGUGACACGAACUGGCAGAGGGAUGCACAUGGACUUUCUCCGCAGGCAGGGAUUACUAAAUACAGCUCGUUGUGGAUGUUUUGUCGAUCAGCAUCGUAUUAUCUAAUUUAAUUUUAAUUUGGUGUCGGUACGUAUACGUUUUAUUCACGAAAACUGAAAAUGAGGCUGUAGCGACUGAAAUGACUGCCUGCUAAUAUGUUAGCAUGCUAACCGCCAGGUGCAGGGAAUGAAAGUGUUCAUUUAACGUUAGUGCGGUUAGGCUUGUAAAUGUAGUUUAUCUCAACAGAAAGUUUGAAUCUUUUAAAAAAAAAAAGUUAUUAUAGUCUUAAUGUAUUAUCAAGCUAAUGAGAAACCUUACAUCAUUUUGUUCCCGAAUCGAGAUGAAGUGGAGUUGAAGUUUAGUGUAUCUGAUUAAUUUGCCUUAGGAGAUGCCAAUUCACUGUGUUUAACGUUAACAGCUUUAAAAUUGGCCUUUACGUGCCAGUGUAACGCAAAUCCUGCUACGUAUGUGUUAUGAACUUUUUUGAGUGCUGUUUUAAUAGUUAAAUGCUUAGACUUCUGUGUUUCAGCAUCGGUGGCAGAUUUUACUGCUGCUGCCCUGGUGGUACCACGCGUGUCCCUGCAAACAUCUGUCUUUAGGCUAGUUUUGUGUAGAGGGACAGUGAAACAGCUUGGGUCCUGGGUUACUUCUGAUAUUUGACAAAAACCUUCAAUGUAAAAGGCCACACAAACUACACAUACUCUUAAAAACUCAUGAUUAUACCCAUUUGGACUAAUAUUCAAACGUGGAGUAGACAUGAAUAGUAUAAAUACAAUUUUGUAUCGUUCAUGAUAUACAUAAUUUUAUAUUGUGAUUUAGUGGGCGACCAAUAUGGGUUUUUCAUUUCCUGAUGCCGAUAUUUAGUGCGGCAGAUGGCCAAUAUAUAUUGCCGAUAUCUAAACAAAGAAAAGUCAUGUAUAAUUCCAUAAUGCAAUGAGUACAGUCUCAUACAUGUGUUAACUUAACCAGUAACAUCUUGUUUUAGAUGGAAUUUGAAUGAAUGAAAUAGAAAAAUACAUUGGGUUAUGCUGUAGAUUUCAGAACGUGUUUAAGGGACAGUGGGGUACAGUUUGUACGAAGUGGUGUCAUUCAGCUGCAUUUUUCUCUACAGUAUAACAAUAGUAACACCAUAUAACUAUAAUCACUUUAUAAACAAAUAGAAAAACUUGCAUUUCCUUGUGCAUUCAUGACUUGUAGGCAUUGAGUAACAUGCCCUAUGCGGUGCUGUAUUUUUCUCCUCAGCUUCUUUGGAGGUGAGCCAGGUUGCAGUGACAUGGUAAUAUUUUUUGAAUGGCACCGGACAGCUAUGGACCAGAAGAGCGGCGGUGGAUUGCCAUUGACUGGUGAAGAUACUGGUUUGGGGGCUUUGGCCUCACCGCUGGCGGGGUAUUUGGGAAAAGUUCAGGAAAGAGCUGCUUCACUGGAGUAUUGUCCCUGGUGUACUUCGAAGGGCUUGACCUAUGCUCUGCGCUCUUACCGCAUCAACCUCCAGGAGUCGAUCACCCUCUGCACAAACUCACAGUGUCUUUUCCCUCUGGUCAGUCGGCCCUUGGAGGAUGUUUUGGCUAGCUUGGAUCCUGUGGAGCCCACUGUUGGGAACAAAAGAAAAAAUGCCUUGUCACUGGAAAAAGAAGAGUUGAUUAAACCCGUGCACAAACGUCUGCGAUCAAGUGAACUUGACAGUCUUUGGCCACCAAGUAUUACUGACACACUUAUCGGCCCAGUGGAGCAUGGUGCAGCAAACGUUAUCUGUAAUGGCCAAUGUGCAGCACCAAAGACAGAUGGUGAAAAGGUAAAUGGAUACAGCAGGGAUUCUCCAGUUGCAGGGACAACAGGAUGGGAAUCACUACAAGAUGAGGAUUAUAUCCUGGACAAGGAACCAGAGAAUGCCUCUUGUACAGAUGGUUUUGCUCGCACUACAUAUGCAGCUUCAGCUGGACACCUGCAGUGCUCAUCAGAAGCCUUGUUGACCGCUGACACGGAUGAGCCUGCACUCUCUCUUCACUGUGGUACAGAGGAUGGCGAUAGGCAGGUGAAGAGUCCUCCUGAGGUGCUGAACAGACCCUGCAUUCCGGACUCCAAUCAGUCCUUUAUCACACAUGAUGAUAUCCAUUCAACUGAAGUCAUUGCUCCAUCGCCUCAGCACAAUGAGCAGCCAGCAAGGCCGGAACAGAAACCACCGACUGCAGACAUCACCACAUGUAAGGAUGUAAGAAGCAUUAAAUCCGAAACUCAGGAUUUGUCCGUGGAGUCAGAUGAGCUUGUGCAUGUUCCGAAUCAGCUUUUCUGGAGGAACAGUGACAGCCUGUGUUGGCUGGACUCGCUGCUUGUUGCUUUGGUAAACUUUAAGAGCUUGAGAAAGUGUAAACCUAAAUAUGAGCCUCAGCGGUCGUCUGUCUGGCGGCUGAUGAGAGGAUAUGAAGACAUUUGUGUUGCCAUUCAAGUCCACCAGCAAACAGGCAGAGAUGGUGUGGCAAGGGUGCCAAAACUUGUGUUGCAAAAGGCCAAUGCAGAUCUACAGAGUCUUAGGAUGUCAAUCUUCAAACUACUUAAGACCAAGCUGCAUUGCAAACUGGGUAAGAGGGAAACUCCGGUUUUUGCCAUGCCGCUUCUGCUUACAAUGGACUCAUGGGUGGAGCCACUCUUCCAGUCGACAUUUCACUGGGAGUUCAAAUGCAGUGAAUGUCAGGUUGCCACGACAGAAAGGGUUAUGAAAACUCUCCCCACCUUCACAAAUAUUUUGCCUGACUGGCACCCACUUCGUGCGGUCCACUUGGCUCCGUGCAAUGUGUGCUGCAAGACAAAUCAGAGACGAACUAUGGUGCUGGAGAGAGUGCCUCCAGUGUUUCAGCUGCACUUUGUAGAGGGGCUUCCUGACAAUGACGUCAGACUCUACACCUUCACCUUCAAUGGGAAACGUUACUCGAUCACCACUGUCAUACAGUACAUCCAUCAGCUGAAGCACUUUGUCACCUGGGUUUGUAAUUCUGAUGGCUCAUGGCUGGAAUAUGACGACUUACAGCAUCCCCACUGUAAGAGCCAUCGAAAGCUCCUGGUCCCUGCUCAGGAGAUGCACGUUGUCUUCUGGGAGGUGCAGGAGGAUAAAGAGCCCUGUGCUCCGUCCAGCACAUUUGCUCAAUCUCCCACAUCUAAAAAUGAGAUGAAGCCCAGUCUAGGGGACAAAGACUUGAUGGCAGAUGAACUUGUACCUUGCACUCCAGAUCAGUCUCUUUUGUCUCCCAAUGACACGGACAUCGUCUGCGCACUUUCAGCAUCUGAAGACAGCAGCAACAUCAUGGACACAACAGUCACAGCUGGUGUUGAUGCAUCGAUGGGCUCCACAACACUGCUUGACACCUUCGAGGGCCUCAGCCAUGAUGACAUCAUUACACUCACACUGGUGGAGUUGAAAGCUGAUUCCGAAAUGCAUCCUUUAAAUGACAACGAACAAGCUUUGCAAGACGAGCAAGAUUUGAGCGUUCCCAGCAGGAAUAAAGUACUCGACCCUACACCGGACAGCUCCUCCACUGCAAUAGCUAGUGAAAUGUCUCACGGCCCUGAUGUUGAGCUCCCCACCGCCUCCAGCUCAUGCGAAUCUGACGGUGGCUCGUCUAGCGAUCCUACAUUCGUGCCUGGUGCCAGGAGAGGACGAGGGAGAGGAACUGGCAGAGGCAAUGUUGUUAGCAGACAAGCAGGUAAAAAGGCAUCCUUGUCCAAAGCAGCUCCACAUAUUUCACCACCUGCGUCUUCAGAGCCCUCUGUAGUGAUCAAUAACAAACCUGUGGGUGCUGCUGCUCAUGUUAACACGUCUGUUGUAACUACAAAACAAGCACCCUGUGUGUCUUCUACAGACACUUCACCUCUGUCCAAUAGUCAGAAAACUCCCACAGUGCCGCCAGCACUAGAUCAGAAUGCCCGCUGGUCCUUCCUGCUCAGCAAACACCCACUACACCAGGUUCACAAUUCGGUCGUAAAACCUGACCCCAUCCCGGUCACAAAAGUAAAGCCCACUCCUCCCAUUCACUCUACCCCCAACCUUGUGAGAAGACAGCAGAUUCCUGGUGCACUCCUCCCUAAACCACAGCUCAAGACAGAGGAGAGUGAGGGUCUGCCACUAAAAGCUGCAGAAAUGUACGGCGCAUUCGGUGCAAAGAGCUCAAAUACCCCGAGUCCGCUCCCAUCAGCUGCACUUCCCAAAGGCACAUCAUAUCUGUUUCAACCUAUAACCCCCGAACACCUGAAAUCACUAACAAACUGUACAGUGGUGUCAUCACUUCCUACGCCUGGAGCAAAGGUGCUCCCUGAAAUAAUAUCCUCCUCAAAGAAACAUAGCAGCCAGUCCUCAAAGGUUCCUCCGGGUCUCAGCGACACUGAAGCCCUCCGGUACAAGCUGAUAAAGAAACUGAAGGCAAAGAAGAAGAAGCUCGCUAAGCUGAAUGAAAUGUUGCGUCAUCAAGGGGGAGCCAGCCUCCGACCGGACAGCACUGCCCUUUGCUCUCCUAACACAGUUACCUCAAGUACAUUUGACGGCUCCGUCUGCGAUGACUUCCUUUCAGACCUACUCUCGCCAGCAACUACAGCCAGCAACCUCUCACCGGACAGCACUGGCUUCCUUGAGAUGCUCGCCAAAGGGCGAGAUGGGGUAGACCAGUUGGACUCUGGGGUCAACGCUGCUGGUGCAAUGUCACAGGUGAACACUUGUAUGAACGAACCCAACACCGACAACUUCCUGGAUGACUUUCUCUCGCAGGCUGUGGCCCAGAGACAGACUGACAUGGAGACCGAGGCACUCAGUGCACUUGAUCUGUUUGUUUAAGCCGCGGGGGUGGAUGUUGUCUGCAAGCUCCAAGCACAGAUAACAAUUAACCUCGACACUGGUAUCACAAGAGAAUUAUGCAAAAUUAACUUGUUUCACAAUCUACAGUCCUAAUCCACAUGAAGGUGCAAGUUUAAAGUUAUCAAAUGUGCGUUAAGCAAAUGUUGCUAUUAAUUUAGGUGGGUUAAUUAAGUUUGUGUGUAUGUAUGUUGAACCUUCAGGUUGAGUUUGGCAAAGUUUGGCACUUUGUAGCGUAUGUAUUGUGUGUAACCGGGUUGUAUGAAGACCAUGAUGUUUACAGUCAAAGCUGUUGGUUUGCUCUGUUUUGUUGUUUUGACAAAUGACUUGAAAGUUCUCCAUAUAAAAUUUUUUUCAUGUCAUUUAAUAAAUACUUUAGAUGACUCUAGUGUUGUACAAAAUGUCAGAAUUAUUCUGAAAUUUAAGAAACGUGUGCUAGUUUUUUUUUUUUAAAUAUUAAACUUACUGUAAAUACUUGUUUGAAUUCA